AUGAACGUUCGAACGAGAGUUCGUGCCACGACACAAUUUUACGCAUCGCGUUACCUCAAAUUAAUUUUAUAUAGUAAAAUAAAUCAAGUCAGCGAAAAAAAAAAAAAAACCCAAGCGGAUGCCAUAGACACGCACAAGCGUAGUUUUACCUCGGGUUGCGAAGGGAUCACAACAUUGAACAAGAUCAAUAAGGGUCUUCCAUCCCUCACCGUAUCUGACAAAAGUCCCUGGAGGGUUAGUACCCUCGGAUUUAUAAACGCAUUUUCUGUCCCUUUCACGUCUGCUCCGGGUUAA